GGGCGGAGGGAGGGGGGGGGCGACUCCUUUUUCCCCCUCAGCGCCCGUGAGGCGGGUCCGGGGCGUGAGGGCGGCGCUGCUGUUGCCGCCGCCGCCGCCGCUGCUGCUGGUUGGGAAGCGGGGGCGUCCGCCGCCGGGCUUUUGGGCUCGGCUUCCCUCACAGAGGGGGCCCUUCGGCUGAGGGAAUGUGAGGCGAGGAAGCGGCUGCUGAAGAAAAUAUAUAAAAUUAAAAAAAAAAAAAGGGUGGUGGGGGGGGCGCGGCGGUCGCCUCAGGCUUCUCCAGUGCGGGGACGGGCGGUGCGGCGGUCCCCUCAGGGGAGGAAAGAACGGGCGGCGGCGCCUCCUCGUCGUCCUCCUCGGUCGUUUCCUCGCCUCUCUUCCCGCCAUGAAGAAGUUUUCUCGGAUGCCCAAGUCUGACGGCACCGGCGGCAGCCCCGGAGGCAUCGGCGGUGCACCGGCGGCUGGAGGCGGCGUCGGUAUCGGUAUCGGAGGCGGCGGCUCGGGCUCCCUGUCGGUGGGCAGCAGCAGGGUCUUCGCCGUGGGGCGCUUCCAGGUCACGGUGGAGGAGGUGCUGGCCGAAGGAAAAACCUCUGUGAGGUGGGUUGGGCUGAGAGAGAGAGAGAGAAUGAGUGAAUGGCCCAAAGUCAUCAUUAAGCCUGUUGAUCAAAUAAAUAUAAAAGCUUGUUUUCUUUUUGUUUGACAUGGUCAGAGGCCGUCAAGGUCCACUUUAAUGGUUUACAUUCAUCAUGUGAACCUCUGUACAUAGGGGUUAAGGGUAUUGUAAAUCCAUUGGUAAUCAGCUCAAAAUUCUGGGCGCAUAACUAUUAUUGUUCAGGGUGGUUAUAACUUAUAAAUGACUUAUAGGGUCUGUUUCUCCCAGAAUGGUGUAUAGAGAUGCAGAUACAAGAUAACAAAUUAAGCACUGGUGAUAGGUAUGUGAAAAUAUAGCUAAGCAAAAUGACUGAAUUUUAUGAGCUGUCUGCAUUCUAAAGUUAAGAAAUUCAUUUUCAUGAUUCAUCUAAAGGCUGCUCAUCAAGAUAGUCAAACACUGAAUAACAGCAGAAAGAUUAUAUACUUAUGGGCCUAUCACUUGCAGAAAGGUCCUUGUCAUAUUUGUAUAUAUAAAUAAUUUUAUUUAGAGGGCACUUGACCAAUGUCACUGUCUAUACAGAUCUAUACAGGGAUGCUGGUAACAUAAGAAUAAGCCAUUUGUUAACAACACUAUGAACUUGGCCUGAAAGCAGGUUUGUAACUAAUACAAUUAGUUCAGAAGAAGUGUUACAUGUUCAGAUUUCCCAGCCUCCGGAUGGUCACAUGCUGCACCAAUUUAAAUUUCCAAGCAUUCUUCAAAGGCAAAUGUACAUGAAGUACAUUAUAAUUGUUUUGUUUGGCUGCAAAUGAUUCCUACUGUUGAACUUUUGCAUGUUUAAAAUAAAACUGUGUUUGGGGGAAGGGAGAUUCCUGCUGCGGGAAGGGGAAUUUUUGCUGUAGGUUAAAGUGGUAUUCAAAACAAAUUUAGUAUUUUUAAGGAAACAGCAUGACUUUAUAUAGUGUAGUAGUUGAAUGCAAAGGAGAAAUAUUUUCCACAUUUAUGAGUUUCACUAAUGACUGUUUUCUACUCUUAUUUGUAAUUAAAAUAAAAGGAUUUGUCCUGAAAGAAUGGUUUGCUUUUCCUAUAAAUAAAAACAUGAGAGAUUGCUUCUA